CCACGGGCUCGCCGAAAUCGACUUGUCCAAGUACCGAGGGAAGUUUGCCCAGAAAAUGGCGAUGGCUGGCCUCAAACCCCAUCACCACAUCGUGCAGUGGACUUCUCAGAGCACAUUGCUAAGCUGAAGUUUGUUGCCCUGCCAAUCGAACUCCAAAGAACCUCAAGCCAACAGUUCCACCUCUCCAUCCAUCAUUUUACAACUAAUAAGCAGCUCAUUUGAAUUAGUUUGGUCGGACUCCGCUCAUUAUAUUGUCUGAAAUCAAGCUGAGUUGAAGUUCGAGCUCAGGCUCGGCCUAAUUUGCUAUGAGCUAAUGAGCUGAGUUCAACUCACUUUCAUUGCCUCGAUCUAUAGGUCCUCAGUAGUUGGGAACUGAAUACCCUGUGCAUUAUCACUGUGAUGCAUCAGGCAAUGGCUGUUUCUGGUGGUCCUGAUAGUAUCGCGCUCUGUAUAUUAGCUGCUGGUUGGAAAUCUAAUGACUUUGAUGCUGCUGCCAAUAGAAGAAACAAGUUCAUUGACGGUCUUUUAGCAAUUGUUGUGGAUCAUGGAUUACGUAAGGAAAGUGCGGAGGAAGCAAACCUUGUUUACCAGCGAAUUACAGAUAUGGGAAUCAAAUGUGAAGUUGCUCGCUGUGAAUGGUUGGAUGGUAGACCCAAGGUUGGUCACUUGCAAGAAGCAGCUCGCAAUAAAAGGUAUCAAACUUUACAAAACAUAUGUAGCCAGCUGCAGAUUGGGAUAUUGUUAACCGCACAUCAUGCUGAUGACCAGGCGGAGCUAUUCAUUCUCAGAUUAUCUAGAAAUAGUGGCAUUCUUGGUCUUGCUGGCAUGGCAUUUACUUCUCAAAUGUUCCCGGAAUUUCCUGAUAUUAGAGGAGAAGGAUCAAAAGCUCAUGGCAUUAUAUUGGUCAGACCACUUCUAGAGUUCUCAAAAGAAGAUAUGUACAAUAUUUGUCAAGCUGGUUAUAAGAAAUGGGUGGAGGAUCCAACAAAUAGGAGUCCCUUGUAUGCUCGCAAUAGGAUCAGAAUGUCACUGUUUAACCUGUCAUCACCUGUUUUCAAGGCUGAGCUGCAAGCAGUCAUAUCAGCAUGUCGAAGAACGCGAUUGCAUGUUGACAAUGUUUGUCGCCUGCUGCUGAAUCAGGCUGUGACCGUCAUGCCUGUAUGCUCUUCACAUGGAUAUGCAGUGAUUGAUCUGGGAAAUCUCCAUGCAAUGGAGGUCAAGGACAUUUACCUUGCAAAGUUUGCUGCUAUGGUAUUGCAGUUCAUCUCACAAAGACAUAGGCCUGUUCGAGGGAAUGCAUCAAAAUUGCUACUAAGCUACCUUCGUACUUUUCCAUGCAAGACUUGUCUCACUGUAGCCAGCUGUUACCUAUGUCCAGCACCAGGAUCCAAAGGAACUCAGGUCCUGGUGUGCUGUUCUGUUAAUUCAUCUUUGCCUCCUAUGGUAAAGUUGUUUCAUGGAUGCUCAUAUGUACGGGAAAAUUGCUUUGCUAAAAGCGAGUUAGAGCAGAUUAUAAAAGAGAGUGAAGCAUAUUUAAAUAGACUCCUACCAGAUGCUUCAAGCGUUCCAUUUUUGGAUAUGGCAUCCUCUGAGUCCGUUCUAACUGAAGCCAAAAAAUGUGGCAUUCUUAGUCACUGUACCCAUAGGAGUAUUAUUUCUCUGCAGAAGGAAGAAAGUGAAAAUUUUAAGUCCAAAGCUGAAUAUCUCUCUGAUGUGUCAAAAGAUGACGUAAGAUCUUCAGGUGCAACUCUGAGCCAAUUAUUUUAUCCUGGGCAAGUGGGAUACUUCAUGAAUAGAUUUGUAUUGGAUUGGAAAGUAAGCAAUACAGGUUCUUGUAAUGCAUUGUGUACAAAUGAGGUUGUUGCUGUCAAGGAGCUGGGUACAGAAGGACAAUGUUUUUGCAGUUCUUGCAUAACUGGGAAUCAGAAGGUUGCGGAGGUGCGCCACAUGAUAGACACUGAUUGGAUAUAUCUUUCUAACUUGUUGAAGAAGACAGAUAUGGGAGACUCUCAAUCACCAAGUCACCCUUCUGUAAAAACAGAGCAACUAACUGAAAAAACAACGGAUUACGCUGUAUUAUCAGCACGUCGAGCUCUUGUGUCCUUAAAGUCUAUCCCAGUUGCUGCAAGAAGAGCUAUGCCUGUCCUGGUUAACGCUGAAGGAGUUCUGCUAAGCAUUCCGAGCAUUGGCUUCUCAUGUUGCCCCCAUCUGACGGUCUCUGCUGUUUUCAAUCCUAGGGUACCCCUGGAUGGAGGAUAUAGCUCAUUUUUGUAGUUCCUACUUUGGUGGAACGCUGUUAAGUGGAGCUAGAAACUCUGUUGAAUUGAAGAACUUCCAUCGUACUGCUUUAUCAGAUAGUAGAGGAAAUGAUUAAUAGAUUUGAAUAGAUUAUGUAUAAUGAACUCAAUAUGUGCCUGUUUUCAUUUCAUGUUAUUCGACCCAUUGUUGUGCAGCUGCAGCAGUGUAUGGCUUAUCCUGUAUGAGAGAAGAUGGCCUUCAUAAGCUGAAAUGAGGGUAGGGUCACUAUAUUGUAUUGCCAUAGAUGUCAUUUGGCUGCAGACAGUGUGUGUUGGAAAAGCAACAAACUGAAGCAAGCUGUGUGGAUGUUCACAAAUCAAUGAGUGACUAAGCUAAAUGGUAGUGGUGGAUCAUUAGGAUCUCUUUAUGUCUUCAUUUUCUGCCCACCGUCCAAGUUUUGGUGUUCCCUGAAGAAAGAACUAUUAGGAUAUGUUUCUCUGAGACUGUCCCAACAUUUUAAAGCAUCAGUCUUGCUUGACUUGAUUGAAGUCCUCUGAAUGCAUUCAACAGUUUUAACUCUCCA